CCCGCCACGCCACGUUAGCUUACCCGCCCCGUCGAACUAGCCCUCGCUUGCGGGCCUCCCUUUCAAUGCGCGACCACGACAAGCAGUCCUGAAACAUCACUCCAACAUCAUCCUAUAUCAGAAUCUUCUCCCCCGCCAGGAGACUCACUCACUUCAUCGUUCGGACGAUCACUACAUCAACAGCAUCAAUUCCACCCCGCGUCGUCGCUUUCUGCGGCACUACGUCGGCAGUGGUCAACGUUCCUUUGGACAGACUCGUUCUGUCUCCCCCAAAAUCCAGCAACGUUGAAGCUCCAACAUGCCGCGACGGCGGCCACCGCGAGAGGCUCCCGUCAUGAAUAACUUCCUCCUGUUCGCAGCCGCCAUUUUCCUCCUCCCUUGGCUCGUCGAAGCUCAGCAGCAGCAACGACCGGCGGUCCCGCAGCGACAGCGCGAAUCUCCCCUCGAGGGCAUCGACCUCGAAGCCUCGCACACUCUCGAGGCGACUAAGGUCCCCCAUCAAGUCGAAACACCCCUCACACACAACCGACGAAAGAAUACCCUCAGCGUCACCAACCUACCCCCAAAGAACGAUGCGAGCGCCAUCGCAACUUUAGCUCCGGCAGCCUCUGCCGUUGCAGCACCUUCCUCAAGACAGCCCGGGGUGUCCGGGCUAACCUCGCCGCACAUUGCGCGGAGUCUUGAGGACUGGGAAGUAGAAGACUUUGUGCUUCUGGCGACCGUCGAUGGAAAACUACAUGCCAGGGAUCGGAAGACUGGAAAGGAGAAGUGGUCAUUGGAGUACCAUAAGCCGAUGGUGGAGACAAACCAGACCCGGAACAAUCCAACACCAGUCGACGACGACUACGACCCAACAUCAAUUGACGAUUACCUAUGGAUAGUGGAACCCAGUCGAGAUGGGAGUAUCUACAUUUACAAGCCUGGCGGAUCCAAUCCGGGAUUGGUCAACACAGGCCUUACCAUGAAGAGGUUGGUCGAGGAAUCCGCAUAUAUGUCCCAGGACCCACCAAUUUCAUAUGUCGGAGGUAAGGAAACGAAUAUCAUCACCGUGGAUGCCAACAGCGGGAAAAUCCUCAACUUCUUUGGUAAGGAAGGUGCAUUUCUCAACGACGAAAAAUGUGUAGCUUCGAGUGGCCCUGUUGACAGCAAGGAGGAAUGUCCUAAAACUUCCACCUUGACUAUUGGUCGAACAGAAUAUUGGGUCAGGAUUUCGGGAAUCGAUGGACAUCACAUUGCAACCUUGACUUUUUCAGAAUGGACUCCCAACAAUCACGACACCGACCUUCAACGCCAAUAUCGUGAAACACUCGAUAAAAAGUACAUUUACACAAGUCAUGAUGGCGGUGUCAUUGGAUUCGAUCAUAAUAGAAAUCGCGCCGAUGAACCACACCCACUCUUCAGGCACAAGUUCACAUCACCAGUGGUCAGGGUAUUUGAUGUAGCCAAACCGUGGAACGGGGGCAGAGAUUCGGAACUGGUAGUCCUUCCGCAACCAAGUCCACCAAGCGACGAAGACGAGAUAACAGCAAGCCACCGAGCUGGCAGGAUCUUCCUCAAUCAUACCGAAAAUGGUAGCUGGUAUGCUCUGUCGGGCAAGUCAUACCCUUUGGCGGUUCAAGGGCAUAUUCGACCAGCACAAUGCAAUCAACAUGGAUGGUUGCAACACCGCCCUCAGUGGGAUCUGAUGAAUGGCCAGCAGCUCCACGAGGCUCUUGUUGGCCUGCACUCAAUCGAUAAUGGACGAUCGGAACCGUUCUUGUCUAUCUCUGCUCCAGCAAAUGAUAACCAGACUGUUGAUCCUAUUAUGGAUCAAAGCCCUUCACUGAUUGAAGAGCAGGAUCUAUUUCAGAGAAUGCGAAAAUGGCCGAGUAUAGCUGCGAAAUAUGGUCGAGAUAGUACCCAGAAUCCAGUCUUCAUUGUCAUGCUCGUCGCGAUCAUAUUCGCUUACCAGAAACAAAUCAAGGGUUGGAUGCAUCGUACGGGCGAAAAAUACAUGAAGUUGUAUUCUACUCUGGCCGAACCGAAGAGUCUUCCGGAAGCAGAUGAGGUUUCCGCCGUUGCAGAAAAGGAUGAGGCCAAAACCGCAGGUGUUGAUGGGUCUGAUGAAGAAUCGGUGAAAGCUGAGAAGGCCCAAGCAGGCCCGGUCCUGGAGUCUGACACACUGGGUCUGGCCCCUUCAAAGGCCAAGACCGAUACCCGUGAAGAGGAAUCGCCCCCACCGGAAGGAGAGAAGAAGAAAAAAGCACACAGAGGUCGUCGUGGAGGUGUCAAGCACAAGAAGGGAAGAGCAGGAUCUACAGAUGGUGGUUCUCAGGAUGGCAACGCUCCGAAGCCACAACCAACCAUUGAUGAUGCAGUCAAAGAUGCUCAAAACAUGGGUCCACAGACGAAGCUAGAACCCGACAUUAUCACGAUUCCUAACGAUCCUCAGGAGGUGUCGGGACCAAUUAUUAGAAUUGCUUCUCUCGAAGUCGAUACCGACAAGCUCAUUGGUACUGGGAGUAAUGGUACCAUGGUUUUCGAAGGUAAAUUUGAUGGCCGGGAGGUUGCCGUCAAGAGAAUGCUUAUUCAGUUCUUCGAUAUUGCUUCCCAAGAGACGAAGCUGCUGAGAGAGAGUGAUGAUCAUCCUAAUGUCAUCCGAUACUUUGCUCAACAAGCCGCCGCUGGAUUCCUCUACAUUGCUUUGGAGUUGUGCCCUGCCUCACUCGCCGAUGUCAUUGACAAGCCUAUCAAAUAUCGAGAACUCGCCCAAGCGGGAGAGAAAGACUUACCCAAUGUGCUCUACCAGAUCACCAAUGGUCUUUCACAUCUGCACGGUCUUCGAAUCGUGCAUCGGGAUUUGAAGCCUCAAAAUAUUUUGGUUGCCAUGGGCAAAGACGGCAAGCCUCGCCUGCUUGUAUCAGAUUUUGGUCUGUGUAAGAAGUUGGAAGGAGAACAAUCGUCUUUCCGAGCUACUACUGCUCAUGCAGCUGGUACUUCUGGCUGGCGGGCACCCGAACUCCUCCUAGACGAUGAUGCCAAAGACGGACAGCAAGCAGUUGUCGAUGCUAGCACUGAUGGAGGCUCAGGGUCUCUGGUUAUCGAUGCAGAACUUCUUCCCAACCGACGGGCAACUCGGGCAAUCGAUAUCUUCUCCCUUGGUCUCGUCUUUUUCUACGUCCUCACCAAGGGUGCCCAUCCGUUCGACUGUGGCGACCGCUUCAUGCGUGAGGUCAACAUCCGCAAGGGCUCAUACGACCUGACACCUCUCGAGGUUCUCGGCGACUAUGCCUACGAAGCAAAGGACCUUAUUAGUUCCAUGUUGGCAAGAGAUCCGAAGCAAAGACCACAAGCUCACCAAGUCAUGGCACAUCCCUUCUUCUGGUCACCGAAGAAGCGAUUGAAUUUCCUCUGUGACGUCUCAGAUCACUUCGAGAAAGAGAAGCGUGAUCCACCCACCGCUGCUCUGACCGAGCUCGAAUCCUACGCCCCCUUAGUCUGUGGCUCCGACUUCCUCAAGCCCUUGGGUAAAGAAUUCGUUGAAAGCUUAGGCAAGCAACGGAAAUACACUGGAACUCGCCUCUUGGAUCUUCUGCGAGCAUUGAGAAACAAGAAGAACCACUACGAGGAUAUGAGUGAUAAAUUGAAACAGGAUGUUGGGCCGUUGCCGGAUGGGUAUCUUGGCUUCUGGACGAGGAGGUUCCCGAAUCUGUUGAUUAUUUGCUGGGGCGUGGUUUAUGAUGUGCAGUGGGAUGAGACGGAUCGGUUUAGAGAGUACUAUUUGCCGGCUGGCCUUUGAGCAACAAGGUCCAAGAUGCGGGGUUCAAAAUAGGAUUCGGGUUUAAAUGGGAUUGGAGUGUAAAAGGAUAGCGAUUCUUGUAUACUAAUCCUUAUACAGGAUACAGCAAGCGUUUGCAAUUCAUGCGUUACUAAACUUUACACCCUGUUCUGUAAAAUGUGUGGACUCCAAAUUCUGAAUAUCAAAAACAAAAGAACGGC